AUGCCGCCAAUCCGGGCUCUUUCCCUCGGAGUGCCUACAAGUGGAUUGUUCGCCGUCGGCACGUUCUUCUAUACAACCCGUCACAUUGAGGCCGUUGAGCUCUUUCCUUCAGACCCAAUUCUCAAUUCGAAGUAUCACCAAGACUACAAUCCUAACAAAAACCCGACUGUUCAUGAUUUGCAUAUCCGGACAAUCCCGAUUUCGCAGAUUGACCCGGCGCUUUUACAAGAUGAGGCGAGGCUAACCCAAAGAUUUACUGGCGGAGUAUGGGCAGGGUUUGCAUUCAAAAUCCAACGAACCCUGCUUACAUGGUUCUGCAAAUAUGGAACCACCUCACAUCAACUGUGGUCCCCUUCCGAAAUGCUAAAUUCGAAGUUCGACCCGGGGACAGUUAUCACCGACGAAUUUGUUGUAUUGGAAAAGUUGAAAGAUUCGGUGCUCAUUCGGGGAGGUGACAAAGUGUCCAAUAACGGCCUUCGUCCACUGGACGCGUUGAUGGAAUUGAGUGUGCGCGCAAAGCCGGAAGAAGACUCAAUUCAAUUCGGAUUUAAGUCAUUGUUCUUUCAAGGACUUGGAAAGAGUGACAAGCUUCCAAUGCCAGCCCCUGUUAUAUGGCUGCAUGAACAGUAUGCAAAGGCAUUGUUAGAGUCAGGGGUGCGACAUGUUCUUCAGGGAUCUGACCAAAUUGAAUAG